GUUCCCUCCCCUCAUCUCCCUUUACUCAACGAUUUGAGGAUUUCGAGGUAACGAACGGAUUAUCGCUCCCAUCUGGUGGUUCAUCAGCACCAUCUAACCCUCUCUCACUCUUCUCUCUCCCCUUCCUCCACACGCAACCAACUGUCACUCUAAUUUUUCCCACCAAGAAACGCCCCUGCAAGCCAAAAUGAGUAUCAUUUCUGUUCCCUCCUCUGCACCGUCUGCACCCCCAACGCCAUCCCCUUCGAGGCACCCGAGCGAACCCGAGGGUGGUCACGCUGCCAUUUCCCACCCUCACGGAAGUAGGCUAGUGGGUGUGACUGGGACAGGGACAUCGACAGGACAACCCCAAGGCACACUUCAGCGCCGUCGACAUUUGGCUGUUCCUCACUUGACUCUAGACAAUACCCAGCGCCGGUCAACGUCGAGGACGACAGCUACAGGUUAUACACGUCACCUGACCAGCACUAACGAAGACAAGGACAAGGGGAACAAAGACCUGUCUGACACAGACGCCAACCAGGGCUCGCAGGAUAUCGAGAUCGAAGACGCGGACAACGCCGGGGACACCAAAGACCCCCAGGAGACCCAACCUAGGGUUAUUGCUCGCCUUCCCCACGCACUUCCCACCGUUCACGUCCAUCACCCGUCCCAAUCACCACCCCGGAUCUCUUUCACUCACCAGGCGUAUAACUUCCCCUUCGCAUUCCUCAUGUCUGCCCCCGCCACCCCUAUUGCUAUCCGCCCAGGACAGGCGCAGUACAACGCCGCCCAACUUGCGCACAAGUCUGCACAUUACCUCCACUCCAUUCCCCCGAGGGAGAAAACCACCCGAACACUCAUCCUCGACCAUGUGCUCUGGAAGCACGGAAAGGCUCGUUUUGCCCAGGCACGAGCGGAGCUCGGCCUCAGGAUCCUCAAGGAGGACGAGGAUGAGGACCUUGAGGAUACCACGGACGAAGUGGACGAGGUAGAUGCCCUUGGCUACCGUCCUUCUGGUCGCCCCGCGCCCACCGCCUUCGGCCCAGGCGACCCAAGCAAGGCAAAAGUCUUCAAGACCCAUGCGGAGGGACACGAGAAUGUGCUGAGCGCGAUGCUUGAGCAACCCCCAGAGCUCCCCUACCAUCAAUGGGACGAGGACAGCUCAGCUUCGUCGACGGUCAAGGCACCUCCGCUCCCCAACGGCGUCCGGCUCCGCCUAACCCUCACCAGUCUCGUCAACGACUUCUUUGCGAGGGACGAGGAUCCUGUCAUCGUCAGCCGUGGCGCAUACCCGCCCAGCAUCUCCCAGCUUCAGAUGAUCAGUAACCCCUGUGCCCCUGCAAGUUCUCUCCCUACCCUUCCCAGCCUCGCAGACUUGUUCAACCCUAGUUCCACUGGUCCGGCUGCUACACCCCCUUCUGCUCCGUCUUCAACUUCAGGGCCUUCCCAAGGCGGAGCCAAGCCCACCUCCAUCUGGGCUAUUGUACCCCGCGGACUCGGCCCUGAAGCACCCUGGACGUUCGCAGGUACCCUCCAAGCACCACAACCCCCGUCUUCGGGUACCGGUUCCACGAGCCUACCUCCGCAACCUGGUCCAUCUGAGUGGCCCAAGCUCAACGCCCCCACGCCUGCCACACCCGCUGCGCGCGCCAUAGCACUCUACAAUGCCGGUGCCCAAGCACCGCUCAAUCCCAUCCAGUGUGCCCGUCAUCUGACGCCCUGUAACUGUUCCACCGGGCCAGCGACAAAUACCCAUGCGAGCAGGCACAUCGGUGCUGGCUUGCGUCGUCCGAGCCUUCGCCUUCUUCGGAGGAGGAGCAACUUCCUCUCCACACUGGGCGGCGAGCGUGCCCUUCCCACAAGCAGACUCACCGACCUCUUACCACGGUUCAUCCGGCUCUCAGCACUCGUCGCUAUCGAGCUCGGGCGGGAGGCAGCAGGCGAGGAGUCCACUCGACCCUCGGCUACGACUAGCAACGCUGGCGACACAACAGACAGCAGUGCUGCGUCUCCUUACACUUCCGAUGCGGAGGGAGACGGCGACCGACCGCCCGUCCCUGCGCGGCCAAGUCGUGCAUGGUAUGCUCUUCUUUGCACGCUAUGCACGCGCGCUUGUCUCGAAGGCUACCUUGCUCGUGGAUGGCGCGGCACCGAGGGCGUCGAGACGCUCUUCGGGCUUGGGGUCGACUUGGGCAUGUCCCUCGAUGGCUUGCUGGACGAUGAUGCUGCCACUGCUGCUGCCGCAGGGAGCGACGAGAGCAUGACGGACACUGAGGAUGGGCAGGAGCUGGAGCCUGAUGGUUGGCCGACGAUGGAGGAGGCGGCGAGAGUGCUCUUCCCUGGGUCAGGCUCGGCUGAGGACGGAUACCCAGCCGCGGUCGGGAGUGCACAGGCUGAGUACGAGCAGGAGAUGCGCGCAAGGCGGGAUAUGUUCUUGGACUUCCCGCCGAAUACCAAUGACUUGAGGAGCCAUCUUAUGGACCUUGCGGGUCGUUUCCCACCCGAGCCGAUGGAGCGCUCGGCGCUCAGGUUUUGUGAGGCUGUUUCUCGUUGGAGGGGUAGACCAGAGCUGCAGGCUAAUCCGCACAAGAGUCGUCUACGGAGCAUGUCAAUCGUCUCGCAGACUUCUCAGUCCGCGCUCUCCAUCGCAUCUGUUAUUCACCCCUCACCAUCGAGUCGUCCGGCGAUUGAUCGCUGGUUCGUUGUCCCCUCCCGCUCAGAGCGCCGUCGUUCGUUAGCCGUCCGCGCCGCGUUGGGCACAGGCAAGCGGAAGCGCACUGAGGGGAGUGGAGAGGCGGGGGCGAGUUCGCGCAAGGGCAAAAAGGUCGAUAGGACUGAUUCGAAGGGGUAUGUCGAGGAGGAUGACUGGGUCGACCCCUACGGCAUCCCAGGCUGAAGCAUUUGACGGGUUGUUCGGUUCUGCUUUCCUCGUUGAUAGAAAGCUGCUGAUUGUAGGAGCGCGAGCGCAGGACAAUGUAGCAAGUCGCGCUGGUUUGGGAGGAGCACUACUCUGUUCUAAAUGGUUUCAUCGUUCUGUUUGAGGGGAUAGGAGAGCAACACUGACGUUCUCAUGAGUCCCGUUGGUUGGCGGUGUGGGUGGGGGACGUUACACCGAGAGACACAGCUCCGUACUUGUUCUAUUUGUU